AAGAUGUAGAGUCAGCCAACAGAUAUUCCUAGUAUAGAGCUAGAGUUUCUUCAUUCGUUAUUCGCCGUGCUUCAUUUCAAUGCAUCGUCGUUUUGUGAUGAAAUCGUUUUCAAAAUGUUUUAAGUGAUCGAAUAUUAGUUAUACGGUGUCAAUUUGUGUAGUGUUACAGAUCAAAACAAAGUUUAUGGAAGCCAUAUAAGUUUGUUGCUCGAUUAUGAAGCGAACUCUUUUUAUUGUGUGACCUUUUUACAUCCUUGGAUAGUGUGGCAAUGGUUUUACUAAUGAAUGAGAAACAGUUGUAAAAAGUGCUACCUAUUUUAUUAUCUCUGCUGAGGGUCUAUUAGGUUUUACAAUGGGGCCGAUAGGGGCACCCCCAUAAAAAUAUUAGGACCGUUCGCUUAGACCAUCAUAAAAACAUCACAGAUACGCUUCAUGACAAUCGAAUCGAAACGUUCGGUCGAGGAUGGUGCGGCGCCUCCGCGGCACGGAGAGGUCGCGGAGCGAUGAUCGGAGGCCCGACAGCGAUGCUCGGAGCGGCGCCCGCUCCGGAGGGUCGCGUCCAGCGUUCAGCUAGUGAGCAGCCGGCUCGCGCGGAGUGUGAUGUGCGUGCGGGAUGGCCAGCAAGCCCGCGACUCCGGCGGCCGCGCGAGGCGUGCCCGGCGCGCCGCGCGUGCUGGUGUACGUGGCGGACUCGCGCCAGCUAGAGCCCGGCGCCGCGGCGCCCGCCGAGCCGCCGCCGCUCUACCCGCACGACCUGCCCGUCGCGCUGCCCCGCAACGCGCUCUUCAGAACGCAGAGCGACGCGGCGGACCGAAACCCGCCCAACACCAUCUUCUACAAGCCCUUGAACAAUGAUGGCAAGCUUAACUCUUAUGGAUCAGGUGAUAGUUUGGUCCAGAGAACUGAUUUCUUUCCUGUCGCUCAACAAUUUAUGAAAGAAAGUUUAAAACUUGACGAGAACAAGUCAGUUGAGAGACAAAGUAAUAUUGUUGUGCGAAGAGACUGUAGUAAUAGUUCAAUUAAUUCAGAAGUCUGUGGUGUAGAAAGUUACAAUUCAAGAGUACCAUUAGAAUCAGGGGAGUUAGCAACAUAUCAAACCAGAUGCCCUGUUCCUGGGGUUUCUGAUAAUGCUGUGCCGUUGCAACCAAUUGUAGUUCAGCAUGGUUUUAAUCAGUUCACGGAGAGUGGCUCGGUGAAUGUGAAUAGUGAAGGAAGAAAUAGUGACAGAGAAUUAGUGGACAAGAGUUUUGUGAACUAUCAGUUUUUAGAACAAAGUGUAUCUCACCAGUCAAUAGUGAAUCAAAGUAUAAGUAUAUUGAAUCAGCAAGUGGGUGUGAGCCGAGUGAGUGAGGGUGAAGGCCCACAGUUGGUGCGGACACCUGAUGGGCUCGUGUUAGCGGUGCUGCCAUCAACAGCUCCACAGCCGGACUCCUCAGAACUUAGCAGUAGAACUGCGCAAAGUGAAUCUUCUCAAACAAUUAUAGUGCCUUUAGGUUGGAGAAGAAUAGUGAGUGGCACAUCAGUCCUGUAUAUAAGCCCUAGCGGUACGGCUUUGAGCACGCUGCCGCAACUGAGGGAGUACCUGCAGACGGCCGGCACUUGCAAGUGCGGGCUGCCUUGCCCUUUACGACCGGAGACCACCUUUAGUUUCGACUCUAAGGUGGUAAGCAAGCCGUAUCAGGCGGCGUCGGGCGCGGAGCUGACCAAGUUGUGCAACCACAAGCGGAAACUGCUGGCGACGCUGCAGGCCCGAGCGCAGUCGCCGUCCACGCCGCCGCCCAUCGCGGACCAGAAGAAAGUAGUCGGUACGGAGUUGAACGCCCUGAAGAAGAAGAUGAAGAAGCGAGCUUAUCCGAAUAUGAGCGUCUCGCAGCUCAUGGUGCAGCGCGAGCGGCCCCUCGCCGACUUCAAAGGCCACGAGAACGAGCACGGCCGCACCGUGUCGCCCGGGCUGGCGGGCGCGCCCUACCCGCCCGCCGCGCCCGCGCCGCUCGACGACAAGCACGAGCUGGCGCCGCGCCCCGCGCACUACCUCACCGUCAACAGCGGCUGGAUCACGCAGCACCAGGAAACCCAAGACCCCACCAAACAAAACCAACCGUCCGCCGUUCAAAAUCCUCUCAACGUCGGCAUGCCCGUCCUGGGAACCAACGGCCAGAUCAUAGGCGUCAACACCGGCUACAGCAAACAUCCCAGCUUUAAAAACGUCGCGGGCGCGAUGCAGCCGAGCCAGGAGCAGAAGGAGGAGAAGAAGGAGCACGGUUUGCCGCAGCAGAAACCGCCGGCGAAGGAGGACGAGUCGCAAAUAUUCUGCGGGCUCAACCAGCCGCUGACGCCCGAGGUCAUGCAGAAGAUCAACGAGCAGCAGCAGCUGUUUAUACAGCAGAACCAGAAGCAGAUAGAGAUGGCCAUGAAGGGUUAUAGAACGCAACUGGCGGAGUCCGCGAACCAGAACAAGCUCCAGGGGCAGAACCAGUACGUGCCGCAGGGGCAGCUGGUGAUACAGAACGGUGCCGUAGUCAAGACCAACCCGGCGAAGACCCCGCCCUGGCAAGUCAAGAGGACCGACGCCGCGCCCAACCCCAUGUCGAGUCCCAGCCCUAAACCUCUAAAGUUAGACAAUGUGGACUAUGAGGAGCCCAUGAACAUAUCAGAUGACGCCUCGGCUGGUAAGAAUAACUACGUCAACAACGAUGCCAUGAACCCGGCCAUGUGCCCGCGCGUUCCUCCGCUGCCUCAGCACUACAACAUGAUAAGCCAGCACUGGCCGCACGCCGAAAUGAGCAAGAAAAAAAUGAAAAACAACAACAAGGGCUCCAAGAAGAAGAACAACGGCACCGAAAACAAAAUAAUAACGUUCAACAAUGGCAUGCGGCUCGUCCAGGAAUCUAAAGGAAAAUCGUGCGAGGACAUGUCCGGCAACAGCGUGCCGUCCUUCAUGGACGACCCCAACGGCUACCUGGCGCAACAGACGGUGCUGCUCAACAACACAAUAUCGAGACAAGUCGGCAUCAACUCCUCCUUCGACGGCGGCCAGUACGAGAACGCCAACAACUGCUACCCUAACAACCAGCCGGAUAAAUCGUUCAAGACAUUAAAUAAAUCGUGCGACAUGAACGUCUACAGAAGCAACAUGGUCCCCAACGCAUCCCCCUCCCCCAAUAACACCCCCGACAGCAGCGUACUAUCCGAUAAAACCCAGGACGGCGCACUGUGCUGCAAGGGAUGCAACGUGUACAAGGGGAACGGCGCGGACUUCUCCGAGAACCAGAUGCGAGUAAAAUACAUGAAGCACAACAUGUACAAGAUGGAGAUAGACGGCAACCGCGGCGACGCGCGCCUCGCGCCCAGCCCCAGCCACUUCGACGACAACCCCGUCUCCUCCUCCACCUUCCUCGAGCGCAGCCCCGCGCACGACACGCAGCCCAUCCAGGCCGGCACCGUCAGCACCAGCAACGGCUCGCCCUCCGAGAAGCUCCCCCCGCCCGAACCCUCCCCCACCCCCUCCAACAGCUCCCGCAACACUGACACUCCUCACAGCAACGGCAGCGGCGGCUCCCAGUUCACACCCAACUGCACAUUCCCCGUACAGAGCCCGGCCUACUCCGGCGCCGGCUCCUACCGAGACAACAGCAACCCCCCCACGCCCGGCGGCCAGCCCUACCAGUACCACUCCCCGGGGCCGCCCGCCUCCCAAUCCAUCACCGGAACUCAGAUGAUGCAUUUCAUAUCGAACCACAACGUUAAUAAAAAUCUCAUGGAAGUGGACAACAUAUCAAUGGUCGGCGUCAAGCCCGGGUUGAAACUCCCGCAGGAGAUAUUUAGGGUAGAGUCGAGGAAGAGAAUAGAGAAUUCCAUGCCGGGCUAUUGUCCGCCUCCGCACUUAGGCGGCGGGCCGGCGCACUCGCUCGUACAAUCAUGUUAUGUACAAACAUUUGUCACCACUAUGGCCAGCGGCUUCUCGGUCACGAGAGACACGGUAACUUCCGUGCUAGCCGGAAAAGCCAACACCGCCACGACCUCCAUCAACGCGUCUCAGAUAAACUUUAUCAGACCGCCGCCGCCGCCCAGCGUAAACUUGGCCACCACCUACGCGAUACCGAACAACCAGCCGGAUCCGUUCAUAAAUUCAGUAAACUUACCGACCAGCUACCCCCUGCACAUAGCGGGCACGACGGCGCAAAAUAUGAUAUCGAAAUCGCCUCUAGAGAUGGUCCAGAACGUUAUCGGCAACGGGCCCGCGAAACCUGAAACUAGCGGCUCGACGACGCCGAUACAAAUGAAUAGGAGACCGUGCCCGCCCACAACGCCCGGCCAGAUCUUGAUAUCGUCGACCGGACAGAUCAUCGUCUCGAAUAAUCAAAUGCCGCCGCCGCCGCCGAAGACCACGAUGGUGGCCUCGCCCAUACAGGGAUCGAGUACUAACGUCACCGCCUCCGUCGCCCAGCUCGUGCCGGCGGCCGGCCCGCCGGUCGUCAACCAGGUCGUCGUCAACACGCUGCCGACGCCGUUCGUGAUACAACCCCCCAUGAUGGCGGUGGACGGGCAAGUGGUGCAGCCCAACACGAUGCUGCCUCAGAUCGUCGCCGGCGGGCUGGUGCCCGGCCAGUCCCCCGGCGAGAGCCCGCGCCAAAUGGACGUCAGCAAAGGCGGCGCCGGCUUCAUGCCGGGCGUCGCUAUGUUGUCCCCGGAGAGCUUGAAAAAGAGAAAUAAGAAAAAGAAGACUAGCGCGAGCAUAACUAACGUCCUACAAAUAACGGCGCCCCAGCAAAACUCCAACAAUAUUAUGGUGCAUCACACCUCGCCGCAGCAGAGUUCCAGCCCGCAGUUCUCCCCCAGAGGCUUCCAGCUGUCGCCCAACAACAACAUAUCGCCGGCGCCCAUGCUGCAAGCCUUGACGAUCGUGCCUGGCAAAUCGGGCACCCCCGCUCACAUAGUCAUGAACGGCCAGGGCAACUCCAGCAACUUCGGAUCUCAACAAAUAAUAGCCAACACGUCCCCGUCGCAGCAGAUCAACUUACUUCAGCCGGUGAACUUAAUAAACAACGCGAGCAACGUAAUGCCCAAUUUCCCCGCGUUCCAGCAGUUCAUAGUGCCAAAUAUCGGCGGAAUGGUGAUGACCGCGGACGGGACGAUCAUACAGGACAACUCGAAUGGUAUGCCUAUGCAGCUACAGUUGCAGACGGUUAACGGGCAAAAUGUUUUGACCCCCGUCCAGAAUCCUGGCGUUUUCGCCGCCGGCGCAAACGGCGGGGUCGUCAUCAGGGCGCAAAAUCAACAGGGAAAGAUCAUACAGUCGCAGCACAGCCCCGGCGCGCAGUUCCUCUCCCCCAACAGCCAAGUCAUGAUGAACAGCCCCAACUUCAACGGGCAGCUCAGCCCGCUCCUCGCGAACUUGAGCCCGACGAACGUCGCCUUCAACGCGCAGCAGGUCCGGCCCGGGAACGUCCAGCAGGAAUUUAUCCAGACGAACCAGAUGGGGCAGACGCUGAUGGUGCCGCUGUCGCCGAAGCAGUCGCUCGCGCCGACCAACAGGACCAACACGUUCGUCCAGCAGAACACCACCAUAGUCCAGCAGCAGACCACGCUGGUGUCCAACUCCCAGACGCACUCGUCGAUCGCGCUCGGCGGCGGCUCGCGUUUGAGCAUCGACCCGAACGUGCUGCUCGCCUCGAAGCAAAUCCAGAAGCGCAACUCGGAGCCGCCGCCGUCGCCCGAGAAGGAGGAGAAGUUCGGCAAGUUCCCGGGCGAGGCUCGCUUCGGCGGCGCGGCGCCGGAGCGCGCGCACUCGGUGUCGACGCAGACGCUGCUGGCGCGCAAGUCGCCCGGCGGCUCCCCCCCCGACACCACCACGCACUCCCCCGCCGACCCCGCGCGCUCCCCGCGCUACCCCUCCCGCCCCGACACCACCACCGCCGAGCCCGACGACCCCGCCGCCUCGGCGAUGGUGCAGUGCGUGUCGAGCAGCGAGCAGGACAUGGCCGAGUCCCGCGAGCACGCGUGGCCGGCCCCCAGGCCUGACUUCAGCCCCGACACCGAUGCGCAAAAUGUAAUGUCAAACUUGCCGCUCAUGCGACAGAACCGCAACCAUAACCCCGUGGAGUCCACCGAAAUGCAUUACAACCAGAACGUCACCCCGCCCGCCAACCAGCAGAAUCUCAUGCCCCUCACCACCAACUAUUACGAGCGCACGCACACCUUCAAGAGGAAAAACGACUUCGGGGACGGCUCCUCAUACAGAACCGACAAAAUGAUGCGGACCAACUACGGAAUGGUCCACGGUCUGCCCAAGGAGGACUAUGACUUGGGUAUAGCGUCCCCCGACAAGCAAGUCAGGCACUUCCCACCCUCUGGAACCAGUUCCGAUUCGUCCGCCAUCCAGAAAGUAUUUGACAGACACAAUCUAGGUUCUGGAAAUGAUAACAAGAGCGGGGAGGAGUCGGACGGGUCGGCCCCGGGCGGCCUCGGCCCGGGCGGCCUCGGCCCGGGCGGCCUCGGCCCCGGCGGCGGCGGGGCGCGGUCGUUCUCGGCGGGCGAGCUGGUGUGGGGCCCGGUGGGCGGGCACGCGUCGUGGCCGGGCGCGCUGCGGCGGCGCGCGCCGGACGGGCGCUGGCGCGUGCGCUGGUUCGGCGCGCCGCGCCCCGCCGCGCUGCUGCCCGCGCACCAGCUGCUCACGCUCGACGAGGGGCUCGAGGCGCACCACGCCGCGCGCACCAAGCAUCGGAAGAGUAGAAAACUAAACACGCUGCUCGAGAACGCGAUCCAAGAGGCGAUGGCCGAACUGGACAAGAAGAGCGAGUCGGCGGCGGCGUCGGGGCGCUCCUCCCCGGCGGCGCCGGACGCGGCGGCGGCGGCGACCGGCGACGGCGGCGGCGACGCGGCCCGGCGGCGGCGGCGCGAGCGGCCGCGCAGCCGCGACAAGCACAGGAAGGGCAAAGCGGCCGCCGCCAAACCCGACACCCGACUGCGGAGCUCGCGAUGACAUACGAAACAUCACAUUUAUUUUAUUAUUUGUGCGGGCACACUUUGGGCUGUAAAAGCUUCUGCUAGGAUAUGAUAAAAUGCAAAAAAAAUUGUCCCUACGAUUUGACUGUGGACCUUUAUAAUGUUUAUAAUGUCCGAUGCCAAGAAAAUAUUGGUAGAUGGUAAACCCGACAGAUGUCACACCGCGGAAGUCGGACGUUACUGUUUAAGCUUCCCGAUAUGUAAUAGUGUAUGUCUACAAUUUAGUAUAUACUUCUUAAAUACAUCACAUAGUCAAUGUCAUCAAUGUGUAGGAAUAGUUAGUAAAAUUAUGUUGUGAUUGUACAAACAGUAUCUGUACAAUUUUUGUUUUCGACGUGUCUAGAGUGUUAUUACUAACCAGAGAUUAUCUACCAUUCCGUACCUUUAUUGAUAAAUAUUGUAUAUAUCCUUGUAAUCUCUUUGUUGAAAUACUUUUAUUUGAGAGUAUAGUAUGUUGGAUUGAACUAAAUUUGGACAGAAAGAAAGAGUUCCUGGCAUGAAAAUUAUCUAUAUUUUGGUAUUUACUUAACAAUGACCUAUAUGAAAGUGAUUUAUUAAAGUAAAAAUUAAAUGUAGGUACGUGUAGAGCAGCAGUGGUUGUGAACCACGGCCGCUAGAGUAAACCACGACUAGGUUCGUCUUGUAGGUAAUCUUCGAUAUCAACAAUAAUAAUACUAUGAGUACACCCCUGUCAUCGAUGUAUUGUACAAGUUUAGUGUACUGUAAAUGAAUAAGAAAGUAAAUCGCUAUAUACCGUGUAAAUUUUUAUGUGUGUUGUUAGAAAGUAAUAAGUGAAACAUGAUUUCUAGUCAAAAUAUUGAGCAUAUUAAAUGUAGAUUUUAUAGACGAGGUAAUUGACAAUAACACUGGCCUGCGUUUGUUGACGCGAUCAACAUUGUUUCGGUUACAUAAUGAGUAAGUACAGUACAUGAUUAUGAUUUACUAUUUGUUUGCGUUGGUGACCUCACGUUUGUUCAGCUCGAGUGAUAGUUAUUGAGAGCCGUUUGAUUUCUUUUGAACACGCUACAUUUGACAUAUUACACAGCCUUCGUUGUUUCUUGGUACCAUGCCUCAAUGUUCAAUUUAAAUAAAACCUUUACAUGUUUCCUGUUUCUAUAUAACACCAAAAUAGGGGUAUUUUGAUAUCCAAAUGAAUACAAUACAUACGAUUGUACGUGUUAAUUUUGCAACUAUACACUUAUUAUUGUAAUAAAUGAUAACUUUAUUGAGUUUCACAUAAUUACUUACAAGUUCUUGCUGAUCUCUUUCAUGUAAUUAUUUUUUAUAAUUAUGGUCUGAAACAAGGUCUUGAUUUUUCUAAUUAUUUAUCUAGGAACAGUUGAGGAAGAAAGUCACUUGUAACGGCAUUACAAUAAUUUGAACUAAACCUCCCGUAGCUUAAAUGCUCAAGAUUCCGUUGGCAGCUGCGGCCGCGUCGCGCGCACAGGACUAUCUCACCCACAAUACUUACAACAUGCCAUCACAAUGAACACAUAUCCUUACCUAACCUUGUCAUCCUCUUGAGUUAACGUAAAAUAAGAUAUCACUGUAAGUGUCGCUUAAUUUAUAAGUAUUUGUUUUGUGGUGCAAGGGAGAUUAUGUUAAAACAUUUUUAAAAUGCUUUUUAAACACAUUGAAGUAAUAUAAUGAAAGAUUUUUAAAACUCUAGGUAGAAUUAAUGUUAACUAUAGGUAGGUCAUGUCAUACCAUGGAUCCACUUGAUAGGUAAUUUGUUAUGGAUAGUCAUUGUUAGAUUAUUAUCAAUGUGCAAAAUUACUUUGUGAUUUCUAAACAUGUCCGAUAAAAAUAUAUAUCAAGGAAUUAUCUCAUAGCUUACUUACUGUUUUUUAUAAUAUCGUAUUUUAACCUUAGAGAUUCCACUUUGAAAUAAGAAAUGUCACUUCAGAUGCCGACAUGUAUUUAAUGUUGAAUGGGAAAUGUUUAUUAUAUAUUGAUAGUCGGAGCCUCCCGCGAGAUGGUAUUAUGUACAUAAUCUUACUGUAGUUAUGUAUAGUAUUUUAUUUCAAUGAGAAUUAAUGUUUUAUAGACUAAUAUACAACAUAAGAUUAUUUAUUUGUUUUGCUGUGUACAUAUUUUUUUCAAUAAAAUGUACCUGUUUUAUUUAA